AUGGGUUUCACCGACUUCGUUUCUGAGACUGGCCUCACCCUUGCCAACAACUUCUUCUCUACCCGGAGCUACGUUGUUGGCGACGCCCCCUCCCAGGCUGAUGCCGUGACCUUCAAGGCCUUCUCCGGCGCUCCUGACGCCGAGAAGUACCCUCACGUCGCUCGCUGGUACAAGCACAUCGCCUCUUUCGAGUCUGACUUCGGCUCUCUCCCCGGUGACUCCGCCAAGGCCUACACUGCCUACGGCCCCGAGUCCACCGACCUGCCCACCAACCCCAAGAACAAGCCCGAGGAGGACGACGACAUGGAUCUCUUCGGCUCCGACAGCGAGGAGGAGGACCCCGAGGUCGUCAAGGAGCGCGAGGCCAACCUUGCCGCUUACAAGGCCAAGAAGGCCGCUAAGCCCAAGCCCGUUGCUAAGUCUCUCGUGACUCUUGAGGUUAAGCCUUGGGAUGAUGAGACCAACCUUGAGGAGCUCGAGGCUAACGUCCGUGCCAUCGAGAUGGACGGUCUUGUCUGGGGUGCUUCCAAGUUCGUUGCCGUUGGCUUCGGUAUCAAGAAGCUCCAGAUCAACCUGGUCGUUGAGGACGACAAGGUCUCCACCGACGAACUCCAGGGCCAGAUCGAGGAGGACGAGGACCACGUCCAGUCCACCGACGUUGCUGCCAUGCAGAAGCUGUAA